AUGGCAGCGGGAGAUUAUGUCACGACCUUUAUCGAAACACUGAGGAGUGCGGACAUGGUCAGCCGUGAUAACAUAUGUGCGCAGUACAGGACAACGCCUGUGUCGCUGUGCACGCGCGAUUGGGCGCGGGGGGGCUUCUCCCGCGACCCAGUGGAGUGGACGCGCUGGAAGGGGGAAGCACGGUGGUGGGGGUGUUCGGGCGCAGUGCUGGACGCACAUGUCACUGGGCGCGCACGGGGGGCAUCUGUGGGACAGGACGUGCGACGGCUGCCUGCAGGACGGCUUCUGGAAGGGCUGGCGGCUUCGAGAAGGCGGGGGGUGGGAGAGUGCGAUGGCAGGAGGUGCAGGAUGAAAUGGACACAUGGCAGCCGCGAGGCGCGCACUGAUCGUGAUCGCCCCCGUCUGUCCCUUGGCUUCGGUCAGAAGACGCGUGUCAAUGAGCCCAUAUCUGAUCUGGCCGCUCGCACGCCCGCAGAUCAAGGACGCUUCGACUUUGGUGCGAUUGGCAGCGACGCUGGCCGCACGCCUCGUGGCUCGGAGGGAAGCCUCCAGGAAGGCGAAGCGGCGCCAGACUCGUGGCUGCUCCAGCGCCUGCCGUCUUCGCUCUCGACACCUCUGCUGCUAUUGUCUCGCCGGCUUCUGUGGCGUGAGUGUGGAAGGGAUCCAGAGCCAGCAUCUGUCCCCGCCUAUCUGCCACGUCAUCCCUCCCCCCCGCACGAAGGUGGCAUGCCUCGUGACACGGUCCCAAAGAUCUCGCUCGCGACAUGGGCCCAUGGCAUGCACGAGGCUGUAUCUGCAACGCGACAUAUGCCGCAUCCAUGGCGAGCGCACCAUCGUAUUCGGGAUACCGCACGUCACGCCUUCGAGAAGGCCCAAAUCCAGCAAUUGCGCCGAAUGAGCAGGUUUGGGCCCGCAGACGAGGCUCUGGCCGCGCCGGAAGAAGCCUGCAGGAAAAGUAGUGGCGAUUCACGGCUGCCACUGCCACUACGGCUAGAGGAGACGGACCCGGCAACCAAAGCCAAAGCCACGCUCGGAGAAGAACGCGCCCGAGUCGAGUCUCACAUCGGGUUUCAGAUCAGAACUUCACGAACCCCAGAGGCGCAUCACCCGCGCGAUCGCCGUGAUCGAGGUCGCGCCGGCAACCUCGGCCGAUCGCGAGCACGGCGGAGCGGGAGCAAAUCGGUGACCAUCGCGCGGCGCGCCACCCCGCUUACCGGCGCCCGCGUCGAACACGAACACCCCAAACCGUCUGUCCCGGCCGCGGUGUGCGGCAGGAUGUCUCGGGGCCCCGCGGCUCGAGCCAGGUCCCGUCUGCCAAUAGUCAGUGCUAUUCGGCUGCAAAGCUCGAGUGCUGUAAAUAAUUACGAAGACUCAGCCGAGGCGAGCGUCCGAGGCACCCGUGCAGGCGGCGACUUCCCCGGGAAUCUUGCCACGGCCGACUGGCAAGCUCGAAUAGAACAUACACCGGGUGCCCCUGAACAGAGACGUCCAACAGAAUACAAGCUCCGACGUGACCUUGUUCAGCGGACACAUGUGCAUGACGGUGUCACCAUGGAAAUCAGGGUCUGCUUUCCCUGGAUUGCGAACAACGCCCGAUAUGAGGAAUUGGAAUUUGUCCUGUAUGGUACUUGGGACCCUGGCGUGGGAGUGUUUGAGAGACAGAUCAGCCUGCGCGGAACCCGUGUACAGCAAUAA